CGUCAUCCUGCGCUCCGGCAUCGUCACGCAUCUGCCCUUCCACGCCCCGCAAUUAUGCUGUACGAAUUGAUUGCUAUUGUCCGUCCGGGCAGCCUCCACGAGGUCCGCGAAAUUGCCCGAAACUGCGGCCUCCAGGUCCUCCGCUCCGGCGGCGUCAUCCGCGGAUACACCAACUGGGGUACCUUUAGACUGCCCAAGCCCACGACGAAACAUCAGGCCCGCUACAACGACGGUCACCAUUUCAUCAUGCGCUUCGACUCGUCCGGACCCGUGCAGACCUCUAUCCGCCGCACGCUCGGCCUCGAUCCCCGGAUGAUCCGCUUCUCGGUUGUGAAGCUGGGCGACAAGCUCGAGGAGAUCAAGGAUGUGGAAGGACAUAUUACCUGGAACCACGCGCGCAACAUCUCCGACACUAUUUGAGUCAGGGUUGGUGUGCUGGAAAGCGAUUUUUCUUGAAUGGGUCGGUUAAUUAACUGCACCGCUGCAGUUCUGUUUGGGUCUGUAUUAUUGGGGAUUCGGAGAUAUUGUUUUGUAUCAUCAUACCAUUUCGGCAUCGCAGGCGCAUAUAUGAUAAUCUUUUUACGUUCUUCUUCAUCAUUUGCUGGGUUUUUCGACACCAGUACGUUGGUUGGUUGCGUAUACCCUUGCGCUUACUAGCAGGAAGUGAUCAUGGGACCCGCGUUAUUUACCACGCCGUUCGCACCAGGGAUGCGUUGUCGGCGGAAUAUCGUCAGAGGAAAUUGGUAAUGCCAUUGGUUGUAUACCAGUGAUUUGCAACUGUUGACAACUCUAUCCCAGCUCUACGCCUAGCGCGUACUACCAGUCAACCUGCC